AAGAGAGGUGCUGUUAUGUUCUGAUGUGCGGAAUCAUGUCGGAUAAUUUGACGCAACACUAACAUACAUAACAAAAGAGGUUAUUAAAAUCUCCCAUGCAACGUUGGGCGAUAUCCUUGGAGGAAAUGUUUGUCAAAGUGGGGUGUGAAAAGGUGAUCCUUUGGUCAAUUCUGUGAUUCAUCCGAAGUCAUCCGACAUGUCCCACGCUUCCGAGCGUCGACCCCACAAUUGUGGCCUUUGUGGUAAGUCAUUCGCCCAGAUAUCCACGCUCACCAAGCACCAGCAAAUGCACACUGGAAAGAAGCCCUACAAAUGCCCCUACUGUGACAAAUGUUUCAGCCUUUCUUCCGGCCUGGUUCUGCAUAAACGAAGCCAUGCUGGAGAGAAGCCUCACACCUGCCGGCUUUGCACCAAGACCUUCAUCUCCUCCGCUCACCUGACACUACACCUGCGCUCACACACAGGAGAAAGGAAGUACAAAUGCAAUAUAUGUUCCAAAAUGUUCAUGCAGCCCUCCCAACUUAUGUGCCACAAGACGAUACAUACCGGCGAGAAGCCUUUCAAAUGCCCUGAAUGCAACAAGUGCUUUGGUCGUGCGUCGCACCUGAAAACCCAUCGUAGGCUUCACACAGGUGAAAAGCCUUUCAGAUGUACACAGUGUGACAGGGCUUUUACACAGAAGGCCGGACUUGUUAUACACCAGCGUCUGCACACAGGUGAGCGCCCUUUUAAAUGCGACAAGUGUGGUAAGGCCUUCCGCACCUCAGCCCACCUGCUUAAACAUCAGGCUCUAGAGCUAGAUGAGGGCGCGUACAUCUGUGCCACAUGCCACAAGGGUUUCAGGUCAGUGUCUGCAUUAAAACAACAUGAGAAGAGCCACCAGAGCAGUGGGUCACUCUGCUGUGGUGUGUGCUCGAGGGCAUUUGUUCCCUCCUCUUAUAUGCAGCUGAAACUGCAGAUACGCAACAAAGAGCUGCUCUACCAUUGCAAGGUGUGCAACAAAACAUUUGUAAAGAUAUCUACCUUUGAGAAACACUGCAAUAAGCACCACAUGAAGAUGGACAGGCAAGAGGACAAUACUGUAGAAGAGGAAGACGCACAUGAUCCACCAUUUGAGCUGCAUACCGCAGCAUCCUCAACAUCAGAUGUCAACACACGUUCAAAAACGAGAACCAAAUGUUGGAUUAAAACGGAAAACUCAUAAUAAUGGAGUUGUUGUUUUUUGCACAAGCUUUUAUAAAUAACAUUUACAUAAUGACCUAUUGUAUUCACACUUCAUAAAUUAUUCUUUGAUUUGUUCUUAAUUAAAUGAUAAAAACAUGCACACAUACAGAUCUUAUAAAGUUGUAGAGAGACUUGUCUUUAAAGGGAUAGUUCACUCAAAAAUGAAAAUUCUCUCAUCAUUUACUCACCCUCAUGCCAUCCCAGAUGUGUAUUACUUACUUUCUUCAGCAGAACACAAAGAUUUUAAGAAGAAUAACUCAGCUCUUUAGGUCCAUACAAUGCAAGUGAAUGGUGGUCAGACCUUUGUAGCUCCAAAAAUCACAUAAAGGCCACAUAAAAGUAAUCGUAUGACUCCAGUGUUUAAAUCUACAUCUUCAGAAGCAAUAUAAUAGGUGUGUGGGAGAAACAGAUCAAUAUUAAAGUCCUUUUUUACUCUAAAUCUCCACUUUAACUUUCACUUUUAAGAUGUGAAAGUGAAACUAAACAGGCACCACAUGUGACUUUCAGAUGUAAAAGUUAAAGUGGAGAUUUACAUUAAAAAAUACAUACAUUUUGAUCUGUUUCUCCCCCCACACCUAUUAUAUAGCUUCUGAAGAUAUAGAUAUAGUCAUAUGGAUUACUUUUAUGCUGCCUUUGUGAUUUUAGGAGCUACAAAUGUCUGAUCA